GCGCGUCUUUGACGAGAAGGACCUCUAGUUAGAAAGCAAUGCACGUGAGUGUCUCGGUUAGAGUUUGGAGAAAAUGUAAUUUACUGUUUCUCUUCUCGGGUGACACUGAAGUCAAUAAGCGCGUAGUUUAUAAAGCACGAUACUUUGUUUCAUCUUAUAACGUUAAUAAAUCUCUGAAUCGUCUUUUUCGUUAUCCACGGUGUCAACAGAGCAGCUCGACCAUGGAGCAGGCAGCUAUUGCUCCAGGGGCACCGGCGGAGGCAAACAGCCCGGUGUCCACGCAGGGAACCACCGCUAAUGAGGCAGCAGAGACCGGCAAACGUAAAAGCGACGAGCCGGGCGAACCGGAGACAAGUGGCCGAGGGAAGAGGCGGAGAGGAGCGGGAGGGAAGAAACUCCGUCCGGGCGAGCGAUACAUCCCUCCUCCGCAGAAACGGAACCCCGGUGUCAGCUUCAGCCAGGAGCAUUUCACAGAGACCUCCUACUACUUCGAAGGUGGCCUCCGCAAAGUUCGUCCAUAUUACUUUGACUUCAGAACCUACUGCAAAGGCCGGUGGAUAGGGAAGAGUCUCCUGGAGGUGUUCAAGAGUGAGUUCAGAGCUGAGUCCAUAGAGUAUUAUCAGAGGGCUGCCAAAGAGGGUCGCAUCCGGCUCAACGAGUCACCUGUGGAGGACCUGUCUGUGGUGCUCAGGAAUAAUGAUCACAUGAGAAACACUGUCCACCGCCACGAGCCACCUGUGGUCGGCAGACCCCUGGAGGUUCUGGUGGAUGACGGUGAAGUGCUCGUGGUCGACAAGCCUCCCUCCAUUCCAGUCCACCCCUGUGGUCGUUUUCGCCACAACACGGUGAUUUUCAUCCUGGGGAAAGAACGGGGCAUCUCCGAGCUUCACACUGUCCACAGACUGGACAGACUCACCUCUGGAGUGUUGCUGUUCGCCAGAACAUUGGAGACAUCAAAGAAACUGGACCAGUUGGUGAGAGACAGACAGCUUGAAAAAGAGUAUGUGUGCCGAGUGGAAGGGGAGUUUCCAGAGUGUGAGCUCAUCUGUGAGGAGCCCAUCCUGGUCGUGUCCUUUAAAAUCGGCCUCUGCCGGGUUGACCCCAAGGGAAAGGAGUGCCGAACUGUCUUCCAGAGGCUCAGCUUUAAUGGAAAAACCAGCGUUGUCCGCUGUUUACCCCUUACCGGCCGCACACACCAGAUCAGGGUCCACCUACAGUACCUAGGCUUCCCCAUCCUCAAUGACCCCAUCUAUGGGUCCUUAGCGUGGGGUCCUAACAGGGGGAAGGGGGGACUGAUGGGGAAGAGUGAUGAGGAGCUGCUGCAGGCUCUGGUAGAGGAACAUCGAUCUCAGGAAAGUCUACACCUGUUGGAUAUACCAGAUGACAGCACUGGGACAGAGAAAAACAAGACAUCUGAGAAAACAGACAAGGCAGAUGUUACGCCUGAACCUGACAGGAGAGGAGAAAGUCUUCAGACACAGACCGACAUAAAGCUAGAUACACAGGUGCCGACAGGUUGUAGCUCAAGCAGUGAGACAGUAGAUGAGGUGAGUCAGGGCUGCACAGACUCAAACAGGAACAGCACCUCACUCCAAGAAUCUCAGAGCCAUCUACCAAUCACAUCAAAUGGAAAUCAAACAGAGGCAACUGACUCUACCCAGAAAAGUCCUCCAGGGACUAGAGACCACCUGUGUAGUGAAUGUAAGCUGGUACGACCAGAUCCUACAGAAAAGGAGCUGAUCAUGUAUCUCCACGCUUUACGCUACAAGGGACCUGACUUUGAAUAUUCCACACGUUUACCCGAUUGGGGCAAAGCAGACUGGGUCGAAGCUGAUUAGAGCCGACCGGAUGAACACUGAUGAUGACUUUGGCAUCUGUCAUGCAUGACAUGGGAAAAGUGUGACCUGAAACCCUUUAGGAGGUUUUGCUUGGAGGCUUUCUGAUUUUGCGGCAUUUCUUUUUAUAAUUUCUUAGUAACUUCUCUGAAGGGUUAGAACCUCAAAAUUUGUUUUUGCAUAUGAUGCUUCCAAAUGGAACUUGUAGAAAUAUGUUUUCCCUUGGCUCCAAGCUAUUUAUGCCUCAAAAACAAAUAGAAAAUGGAAUUGUAUUCAUUCUCAUUUUACUUUUAAGGACUGUUUUAAUGUCAAGAAUAUAGUUUUAAUUUAAUUUCAUCCUUUUAAGUUUGUAAUCUGUCUGGUACUCAACCAAAAAUUGAAAAAAAAUUAAAAGCCAGUCUACAGGAAAAUAAAUGUUUUUCAUUUUA